AUGACCUCCCAGCGCCAGAUCCUGAAACGCGCGGCGUUGCUGCCGUUCCACUGCCAGAUUGUCAAUUCGCUUGUCCCAGCAGAGGACGACAGUCCGGACGAAGGUGACGCGCUAGUCAUCAUUGCCCGAGGGCUCGGGCUGCGUAGGAUCGUCAGUACGGUGCUGCGCAUAUACGACUCUCCGAACAGUCUCGUGAUCCUCGUCAAUGCCACGUCCGAGGAGGAAAGCGGGAUCGGAGAAGAGCUGACCACGCUCGGAAUUCGCAAACCAGGGCUCCGUGCGAUCCACCACGAGAUGCCAGCCAAGCAACGAUCCGAGAUGUACCUGUCUGGCGGAAUCAUGAGCGUCACAUCGCGCAUCCUCGUGGUCGACAUGCUCAGCAAGAGGAUCCCCACUGCACUCAUCACCGGAUUGGUCGUGCUUCACGCCGAGAAAGUUACGCCCACCUCGGUAGAAGCGUUCAUCGCACGCAUCUAUCGCCAGGAGAACAAAGAGGGCUUCAUGAAAGCCUUCUCCGACAACCCAGAACACUUCACCAUGGGCAUCAGUCCGCUUCAAACAGUACUAAGCCAGCUGAGAAUCCGCAAAGUCGAGCUGUGGCCGCGCUUCCACCAACAAACGAGCAAAGACCUGGGCCAACGCAAGGCUGACGUGAUCGAACUUCAUCAGCCUCUGAGCCGAUCGAUGCGCAACAUCCAGACGGCCAUCAUAGAGUGUCUCGAUGCAUCUCUAUCGGAACUCAAACGAGGCAAUGCCAAUGUCGAGACAGACGACUUUUCCAUCGAACAUGCGAUAUUUCGCGCAUUCGACGUCAUGGUGCGAAGACAGCUCGACCCGAUAUGGCACCGAGUCAGCGCCAAGACAAAGCAGCUCGUCGGCGACUUGACCACCCUUCGCAAUCUGCUCAACUAUCUCCUCACGUACGAUUGCGUGACGUUCAACUCCUAUCUCGAGACCAUCCUGGCUUCAAACACGACAAGCUUGAGGGGCAAUGCUCGUCAAAAUCAAUCGGCUUGGCUCUUCAUGGAUGCAGCCAACGUCAUCUUUCACGAAGCCAAGAAGAGGGCAUACAUCUGGGAUGAGGCUCGUCGCAGAGAGGCCAAUGACGCAUCCGACGCUCAUUACGCCGAUGACGAGGAAGCACUGCGGCAGGCCGAGCAUGGAGCAGCAGCGCAAUCCGAAGCUCCUGCUCUGGGCCCGAUUCCGCCCGAAGUGGAGCCCAUUCUCGAGGAAAAUCCCAAGUGGCAGCUUCUACAGGAAGUGCUGGACGAAGUCGAGCAAGAGAUCCACUUCACUUCAACAGGCUCGGAGACAGGCAACACAAUUCUGAUCAUGUGUGGUUCGGAGAGGACGAGCAUGCAGUUGCGGCAGAUCAUAGCGACCAUGGACGAAUGCCCUCCUGGGGAACCGGGACAGAAACUGCUUCGACAGCUCCUGCGCUCUUAUUUCUUAUGGAAAGGCGGUCUUGGCAAGCUGUCGUCCGACCAAGGAGCCUCCAACCAACCCGGCGGAGACUCUCGCAAUGCCCACUCAUCUGCAGCACAACGAGCCACGGCAUCGGACGGAUCGAUCAACGAGGCACUGAAGCGAAAGCUAGCAUAUCAGAAAGGCCAGCAGUCCAAUGCGAACAAGCGGCGCCGGCAGCGUGGCGGGUCGUCAGCUGCGCACGCUGGGGGCCGUUUCAGCAGUGCCACCGACGCCUCCGGCCAAGCUUCUUUCCAGGCAGAAGCAGCGCAGGUGUCCGAAUUCCUGGCUUCAGCAGCAGACAGCAACGAAGCAAGAGCGGGUCUGGCUGAUGCACCCAUCGAUUCGGAGCAAAUCUCGGACGAUAUCGAUGAGGUCGAGUUUGAUGCAUUCUUCGGAAUGCUGAGCAUGGAGAACCUGGUUGUGGUGCGCUCGUAUCGAGGCGAUCAGGACGACAAGGUUCUGCAAGAGCUUCGACCCCGCUUCGUGAUUAUGUACGACCCGGAUCCAGCCUUCGUUCGCCGAGUCGAGGUCUAUCGCAGCACCAAUCCCGGUGUUGGGAUUCGAGUCUACUUCCUCAUAUAUGCGGAUUCCGUCGAGGAGCAGCGUUAUCUCAGCUCUCUCCGAAGGGAAAAGGAAUCGUUCGAACGGCUCAUUCGCGAGAAAUCGAUGAUGGCGCUUCCACUUUCGGCCGACGGGCGACCCAUCGCAGAGGAUGCCGACCAGCGUUUCUUGCGCACCAUCAGCAGUCGCGUAGCGGGAGGACAGCGUUCAGCCACUGCAGAGCCUCCACGCAUCAUCGUCGAUAUGCGCGAGUUUCGAUCGAGUCUGCCAUCGAUGUUGCACGCGGCGGAUAUCCAGGUCAUUCCGUGCACAUUGCAGGUGGGCGACUACGUGUUGACGCCUACAAUGUGUGUGGAACGAAAGAGUCUGACCGACCUGGUGCAAAGCUUCAACUCCGGACGACUGUAUACGCAGUGCGAGCUGAUGUGCGUCCACUAUCAGCACCCGAUCUUGUUGAUCGAGUUCGACCAGGACAAAUCUUUCUCUCUCAAGUCGACCAGCGACGCAAAGCCAGGCGGGCGCGCGACUAGCUCAGAGCUCGACAUCCAGGCCAAGCUGGUGCUGCUCACCUCCUCCUUUCCACGGCUGCGGAUCAUUUGGUCCAGCUCGCCGUUCGCCACCUCGGAUAUCUUUGCGGAGCUGAAGCAAAACUUUGACGAACCAGAUGCGAGCAAGGUUGCGCUUGUCGGCCUCGACGACGUGCUCGAAGCAGAGGGCAACGGCGGCAGUGAUCCGGUCAAGCGUGCCGAAUGGCAAUCAUCAAGCGAGCACUCGUACAACCUCGGUCCUCAAGAUUUGCUGCGCGCCUUGCCUGGAGUCACAACCAAGAACUUCCGCUACGUCAUGAGCCAGGUGCGCGACAUCUCGGACCUGUGCAACAUGUCUGAAGAGGAAGUCGGCGAGCUGAUCGGCGUCGAACCGGCGAGGCAGCUGAGUCGGUUUCUGAAUCAGGGGCCGUGA